CGGCUAGUCAGAACAAGCCGUGUGCGAGUGUCAACAGCGCCUUCCCUGGAUAUCUAACGCAGCAUAGGCCCACUCGGAACUUGCAUCGAAUCCUCCGCAAGGCGACCACAACACCUCCAAUGUAACGUACUCCCGGCCUUCUGAUUGGCCAAGCUCGCAUAAGUCGCGCUAUGGUAUGAACUGUGGGGCCAAGAGCAAGGAUACUCGUAAGACACACUAGGGGACUGUCCGUCAUUUGAGAGCGGACUACAAGUACCGUCCGUAAGACUGCUGUUGUUGCAUACGCAAGCUGUUGCCCUCUCCUGUAAAAGUGCGGCAAGAUGACGCCGACCAUGCCGUCCCUACAACUUCCACCCCUCUUCGCCGCCCUCCAACUCCCCCUCCUACUUACAACCAACAUUCUCGCCCUCACCAUUGGGCCCCAGCACCGUCUUCUCCAACUUGCCUUCAGCCUGCCCAUCUGGACCGUUCUCGCAAGUCAGUCGCUGUACAGAGAUUACUCGGGAGCAUGGGGUAUGCAUUAUGCGGUUAAUUGUGGCGUUAUGAGUUUGGCGGCGACGUAUGUGGAUUGGGUGGUGUUGAUGAGUCCGGAUCGGGAGGGGUGGGUCAAGUUGAGCUCCCGGAUCGGCACAGUGAAAGGGUAUGCAGAUGGUGCUGAAGCGGCAAAGAACAGCGAGAGUGUUGUGAGUGAUGGGCUUCCGAAGGAUGACGGUGGUGUCGUCAAGAGCAAUGGGGGUUUGAAGGGCAAAUCAGCUGUGGUUGACGAGAACACGGCGGAGAGAACAGCACCAAUAGGGCUCCGGAGCAGACUAUGGUGGGCGAUCCGACUCGCAUGCACGUACCGGUACACAGGCUGGUCAUGCGAAGUCAAGAAUGUGCCCGUUGAAGUCGAUGCUGGGUAUCCGCGCUGGCGUUUCCUCCUCCGCAAGACACUCCGAGCAGCACUCUUCUAUCUCGCCAAAGACGCCAUAUUCGCCUACACCGCCUCAUCACCGCACGGGAGCUGGGCUGACAUCGCUUCUAUCAAGCCCGCGCACAGCUACACAAACUACCCCUUCUGGCACCGUUUCUGGUUCUCCUCGGCACACAUCGUGCUCACGUACGUGUCGCUGGAACUGUACAACACCGUAGCCGGGGUCGUAAGUGUAGCGCUAGGAUUGGCGAAGCCGAGUGAGUGCCCAAGUGCAUUUGGCGAUUUGAGGGGUUUGUGGAGCGUCAGGAGGGCGUGGUCGAAUGUGUGGCAUCAGCAGUGCCGGCGAAUUUGCUCCGCGCCAGGUGUGUUGAUCGUGAGGGACGUCCUGCAUUUGCGCAAGGGAUCUUUCGCAUCGAGGUAUCUGCAGUUGUUCAUUGGGUUUGGCAUCUCGGGUCUCGUGCAUGGUGGUGCUUCGAUGCUCUACCAUAGGUCAUUCAACGAUGAUGGGGCGAUGAAGGUCUUCCUUUUGCAAGCUGCCAUCAUCUCUGUUGAGGACCAUCUGAUCGACCUUGGUAAGCGCAUUGGAUUCAAAGACUCGCUGUUCUGGCGUCUCGUGGGUCUCGUCUGGACGGUCCUUGCUGUUGGUGCGAGUAUGGAGAGCUGGACGGGCUUGCUGUUGGAGCAUGGUCUUUGGGUACACAACCGGGAGUCGGACUGGUUUGGCAUUGGACCGAAGAUGUGAGGUAUGACUACGAGGUACCCUAGAGGAGCCUCCUCAGGAGUCUGAAUGCUACACCCCAGCUUCACAUAGCUGUUCCUGUAUGAGAUUCACAUCUCCUGAUGGGAUGCCCCAAGGAGGUUCCAGAAUCUCAAUCAUAACUGAUCAUCGAUGGCCAUGCUCUAUCGUCCGAGUUUGCUCGCGCGAACGUGCACCUCAAUGCUCGAGUCAACAAAGGAACAUUCAUUCCUGGAAACAGUACUCCUGAUCAUGCCUCCAAAGGUACUGUGAGCUAUGACGCAUAGCCAAUGUACGUCGAG